CCGCACAGUGCCACACCGACUUCCGGCCAUGGCGAAGGUCCCGCUGCUGCUGCUCGCGGCUGCCGCCACCUGUUGGACGAGCGCCGCCGCCUUGGGCGCCACUCGCGUCGUCUGCUACUUGGACGGCGCAGCGCUCAGGCGACCAGAGCCACACCGUAUGCUUGUGUCGGAGAUCGAGCCCAGCCUGACCUACUGCACGCACCUCAUCUACGGCUACGCCACCAUCGACACGGACAGUUACAAGGCGGUGCCUCGGCACGAGGGCGAGGGCACCAACUACACCAGCGUGGUGGAGCUCAAGAGGCGCUUCCCUGCACUCAACGUGCUGCUCUCCAUCGGCGGAGGGAGCGCCGACUCUGGCCAGCGGGAGAAGUACCUGCACCUGCUUGAAAGUGAUGAGCACAGAAGAACUUUUGUGAAAUCUGCGAAAGACCUUCUCAAGCAAUACCACUUUGACGGUAUUGACAUAGCAUGGGAAUUCCCUAUGAACAAGGAAAAGAAAGAACGAAGUACGCUUGGAUCCAUCUGGCACGGCUUCAAGAAAGUAAUCGGCCUCGCACAUAGCCACAAAGAUGAGAAGGCAGACGAACAUCGCAGAGAGUUCUCAUCUUUGAUUCAGGAACUGAAAACAUCUUUGAAAACUGAAAAUGCACUGCUGACCCUGAGCGUGAUACCUUACAUCAAUCAUACUCUGUACUACGACUGCUCAGCCCUGUCGCCGCACGUGGACCACCUGCACCUGUUGGCCUACGACUACCACACUCCCCAGCGGACUCCCAACACAGCCGAUUACCCAGCGCCACUGUACGUUGCGGGAAAGCGAGACCCCGACCUCACGGCCGACGGCAACGUGAGGUGGUUCCUCGAGAGGGGCUUCCCUUCCAGGAAGAUUGUCCUCGGUAUUCCGACCUUUGCUCGCACGUGGAAACUGGACGAUGACAGCAGAGUGUCGGGAGUUCCACCAAUCGAGGCAGACGGAGCUGGUGACACGGACAACAUCGCCAACACCGCCGGCAUAAUGGCGUUCCAGACGGUGUGCAUGCUGCUGCCGAACGCAGGCAACGCCGGCUACAAGACGACGCUGAGCCGCGUGACAGACCCCACCGACCGUCUGGGUUCCUACGGCUUCCGGCUGCCCUCUGGGGAGGUAACUGGCCUGUGGGUCGGCUACGAGGACCCAGACGUUGCCCAGUACAAGGCAGCCUACGCCAAGAUCAAGAGCCUGGGCGGCAUCGCGUUCUCCGACCUGUCUCUCGAUGACUACCACGGCAUAUGCACUGGUGACAAGUACCCCAUUGUGCGAGCUGGAACACUGAAACUACGUUACAAGUAAUUCAAAAAUAAUCUGUAUGUUGAUAUUUAUCAUUUGAUAGCUGUCCAACUACAACUGAAUCAAACAAUUUGUUGUGCCACAUGUGUGUAGCCUUCAUUAUAUGGAAGGUAUUAUUACAUUUUUGCAUAUUUUGUUUUACAUACUGAAUAUUGCAUGAUGUCUGGACAGCAAAAGUUAUACAUGUUAAUCUGUACAGUAUUUAUAUAUAGUUUAUAGUAACAUAAUAAAAUAUCCUCAUUAAAAGUAA